UCCUUCGAGUCGCAAGUAUAUAUAGAGUUGGUGCUUAUACUUAUUUUGUAAUUGUGUUCUGUGUGCUGGCUAUAAUUCAAUUUUAUGUUACGUUUGAUAGUGCGAUGAAAUUGAAUGGCAAAUUUGAUUGUGUAUGAUGACAUCAAUGAUCAUUAUUGUGGUGAAAUCAACGGAGAGUUUAGGUUUGGAUCUGAAAUGAAGUUUAUCUGCAACUUGGACUUGCUCAAGAUUUAAUACAUUGAUGGUGUUGAAACAGUAGAAUAAAAUAUGCUCGUUAGUUUAAAUUACAGAUGAUGUUCGAAGAUACGGUUGGUCAAUGGUAGUGUUGCUUUCUCGUUGUUUGAUCCUUGGGUAUGGAGUGUGAAUUUAAUAGUUUUAGAGCUCAGAAGGAAAGAUUUUGGUUAGGUUAGGGUUUGGAUCGCGUCAAGGAUUGUGAUCGGUCUUCAGCAAGUCUAAUACAUACACUAAUAAAGUACACUAGUGUUUUCCCAUUAGGGAGAGGAAAAUAGGAAGAAUGUUGCUUUUGGUUUCACACAGAUAUGAAACCAAAUGUGUUCAAAUGUUAAUCCUGGACUUUGAUGUUGUAUUAUUGGCAAAGCAUGCAUGUUGGAUGCAUCUUAUUUCUUUGCAGUUGUUAGAAUGUUAGAAUUUAGGGUUUUUGGUGUUGUAGGAGUAUGGUGAUGUUACCACCCUUUAUGGCUAGACUUAUAUACUAAAAACCAUCAUAGUACAAGUAGCAACCAGCUAGAAACAGCAGCUACUAAGGAAGAUUACUACGGUGAAAUACUGUCAAUGUUUGGUUUUCUACUUUUCUUCAGGGGUACAAAUAAGAACUAGCUUGGUUGUCUUCUACAAGUGAAGCAAAUGUGUUGGGUUUUAGGAAUCAACAAAGCUCAAUAAAUAGUUAUGGGGAUUUCACAAAAUACAUCCUGAACGGUGGGAGUUUUCUAAUGAUGAUUUUAUGAAAGACCAAAAGCAUCUUCUUAAGAAUAUCCACCGCCGGAAACCCAUUCACAGUCAUAGUCAUCCUCCCGGCUCUGUUGUGGAUCCAGAAAGGGCAGCAUUUGAGGAAGAAAUCGAAAAACUUAACCGUGAGAAAUCUUCCAUUGAAUCUAAUAUUUUCAGCUUUAAACAACAUCAAUCAACAGCGAAGCUUCAUCUAGAAGAGUUUCAGCAGCGAUUAGAUGGUAUGGAGAAGAGGCAGAAACAUUUGCUGAACAUUUUCGAGAAGGCUCUUCAGAAUCCUACUUUUGUUGAACAGUUUUCCCGGAAAAUUGAGUCCAUGGAUUUAUCAGCAUAUAACAAGAAAAGACGAUUGCCUCAAGUUGAUGACAUGCAACCUGUUGUAGAAAGUAGUUUUGUGGACAAUCCUAACAAUUUUAGAAUGGAAUUUGGGAAUGUUUUCCAUCAAGAUUUCUCGAACAAACUCAGACUGGAAUUGUCACCAGCUGUGUCAGAUAUGAACUUAGUGUCACGUAGCACACAAAGUUCAAAUGAAGAUGGGGAAAGUCCACAGAAGAAAAUAUCUGAAGGAGAACAAACAGGAACCCAGACAAGAACAUCUGUUCCUUUUGCACCAGAAACAUUGGAGCUUGCUGAUACCGGGGCAUCUUUUACUUUCAAGAUGGAUUCAUGUUUAUCACACAGAGCGACGAAUUCUGAGAGCCCAAAACUGUGUACGUUGGAGCCAAGUAGUGAAGAAGGUGAUAGUCACAUAUCCUGCCAACUUACUUUGGCAUCGUGCCCGUUUAAGGUCAAUAGAAAUUCAUACUCAGCAAAAGCAUCCCAAAUAGAUUCUCAAGAAAUUGGCAAGCUGGCAGAGCCUAGGUUUCAUUCCAACAGUAAAGAAUCCGACAGUGGAGUUUUCUCAAACCGAAACCAAGCUAAUGAUGCAACCAAUUUGGCUUCUUCACUGGAAACUCCAAGUAACAACCAAGUUACUCAGCCAAACAGGGUAAAUGAUGUGUUUUGGGAACAGUUCCUUACUGAAAGACCAGGCUGCUCAGACAAUAAUGAAGAGGCAAUAUCCAAUUACAGAGGAAACCCAUGCGAUGAGCAAGAUGAAGGAAGGUUGAAUGCAAGGAAUGUUAAGAACAUGGAUCAGCUUACACUUUAAGCAUGCUGUAAUUUAGCACUCGUUAUAGUAAUAGUAUGUAACAAUUGCAUGAUUAUUCCAUACUAUAUACAUACAUAGUUUGACACUUGACAUCAAUUUGUGUGAUGUCGCAGGAGACUGAAAUUGUUAGGUAUACAAUGUUUGGCCUGAAAAAUAUAGAAUUUGUGAUUGCUUUG